AUGAUGCAGUCUUGCCACAUUAUGCAACCUCUUUCCUGGGGCUCCAUCCAGCACCCACACCGGCGCCUGCCACACCUCCUCUUCCUCCUCUUCCUCUACUCCCUCACCUCCUGCAGCAAUGGCAUCACAUCCAUGACCGAGAAAGAAGCAACUGUUCCACUGCUAGGGGCUAUUCCUGACACUCCCUUCCGCUGCCUGGGUCACAGUGCCGGAUACUACGCUGACCCAGACACUGGCUGCCAGGUGUACCACAUGUGUGACAGUCUGGAGAGGCAGUACUCAUACCUGUGCCCAAACUAUACCCUCUUCAACCAGAAGUUCAUGGUGUGUGACCACUGGUACAUGGUGAACUGCUCCUCCUCCCCCACCUUCUACCACCUCAACAGUCACAUCGGAGAAGUGCCUGGCAAGACUGAGGGAGAAGAGGAGCAGAAUGCCAUCACGGUGGGGCCAGAGGGUGACGCCUCGCCAAGGAGAAGCAAAGGAACGCUCCCCCAAACACCACUCACAGGAGCACCAUUUCCCCCAAGCGGCCCCUCCAAGGAUGCCUCAAGACCCCGGCUGGGCUUCAAGCAGUCUGGAACACUACCUGUCAAAGGAACACUUUUCAAAACUCCCACAAAACCAGUUACUCCUGCUACCAGAUUUGCCUUCACUACAACACCAAAACCAAGCACAUCAUCACACAGGCCAUUUGCUUUCCCACUGACCCUACCACCAAACACUCCACCAAGCAAGCAACCAUUCACUUCACCAAUAAAACCACAUCAAUCAUUCACCCCACCAUCAAAAGAUCCACUCACACCAGUCAGGCAGCCAUCACCACUAAAUACACGCCCAUCUCUAGAUAAGGAAGCAUUCAAUUUAACCACUUCCAUCAGAAAAUCAACCACUCCCACAAGACAAUCAACCACUUCUACCAGGGAAUCAACCACUCGAACACAAUCAACCACUCCCACCAGACAAUCAACCACUCCCACCAGACAAUCAACCACUUCCACCAGACAAUCAACCACUUCUACCAAACAAUCAACCACUCCCACCAGACAAUUAACCACUCCCACUAGACAAUCAACCACUCCCACUAGACAAUCAACCCCUUCUACCAAACAAUCAACUACUCGAACACAAUCAACCACUCCCACCAGACGACCAUUUACUUUCCCAGUCACUCAGUCACCCACUCGGCUGAGCCAGAGAGUGACUGCAACAAUUCCUGCAGUACAAAAGCCACCUUCCUUAUUUUUCACUCUGCCUAAGACUGAAUUCAGUACCAGUCAUAAUGUGGAAGAGGAGCUAAGUACUGUAAAGCAUUCCAGCACUCACACACAUGCCACAAACUCUUCUCGUUCCACCACAAGUAGCUUCAGGCCACCCAGCAUUACUCGCACACACACUACACAAGCUCCUGCAAUACAGACAGAGCAGCCCCACACAAGCAUCACCAAGAAGCCUGCCAGUGUAGCCCGUGGCCCUGGCAACAGGUUCUCCUUCACUAACCACAGGGAGGAGGAAAUAGCCUUAACACCUGAGGAUCUGCAGAGAAUAGUGUUCCAGCCUCUCCUAGCACGACCACGCACCAAGACACGCAGGGUUCUCACCAGUGCCCCCUCCCUGCUGCCUAUUGAUCCUGCCAACAUCACAGACCCACACCUUCACCACUUCCCCAUGCGCAUUGAGUUUCCUGAUCCCGUCAUCCCCGAGGACUCAUCUUCCCGCAGUUCCCUGGAUUUAAAGUUGUCCAACAGUCAAGGAACUCAAGCGCCUCCCCACCUACUCAUCUCUCCAUCUGUCUCUCCAGCUGUACAUCCUCUCUCCACCUUCCUCUCUCCUCCUACACAUCCCUUCACCCCAAUUAUGAGAAUGAGGCAGGAGUUCCCCACACCUCUGGCUGUUCCUCAAGAGGAUCACAAUUUGCGAACGUCUCCUCGGGAAACGUUCCUCCCUGGAGCUCGGCGGCUGCCCUUCCCUUCUUCCACUCGGGGCAAUAGAGACUUCUUCAUUCCCUCAACAGAGUUUUCAGAGCUCUCACUGCUGGUGUCAGAGCUGUCUCCAAACAUUUUAGAGGAACCAGCCCAGAAUCCAAGCCACAGCACAAGUGAUCAUGACCACCACCAUCACCACCACGGUGACCACAUGACAAUGGUGUUUCCUGCACCCAUUGAGCCUCACAUGAUGGAGGAACUCAAGCUGAAUCCUGAGUGCCCUCGCUGCCACCCUGAGUUCCUUAAGCCUGGCCAGUGCAACCCUUGUGUUGUCAUCAAGUAAUGACAAGAACAUAGCUUUUAGGAAACAGCAGCACAACAAAUACUUGGAUACAACCAUUAAAUCAUUUGCACUAAAGUAACACAAAGAAUAUAAUUGAAGUAAAACAAAGAAUAUAAUUAAGACAUUAAGACUUACUCAGUUAAAGUACACAAAGGCUGACAUUUCUGGUCAUCAGCCUCCUGGUGCCUGCCUCAUGCAGCAGCCUGGUGUGGCCAGCCUACAACAGGAACAAUGAGAAGUGAGCACAAUUCUCUCACACACACACAAAUUAAACUGUACUUUUCAGAGGAGAUGAAGACCUGGGUACAUAACAUGAUAUACACUUCAGAAUGUUUGCAUAAACCAUAUGGGGAGGAAAUGUAAAUUUCAGCUAGGAAAUUAUCAAGUCAUGAAAGAAAUCUUUAUACAAGUUGUCUUUUUCCCUAAUAUGUAAAACAAGCAAAGUGGCAUCCAUUACUGAUACAUGGAAUAUGAAAGUCUUUCUUCUCAAUUUUUGUCUUGUAAGUAUACUAUAAAUAAAUAAUGUCUGUAGAUCAUCCCCUCAUCCUAAUUAUCUUGUGACAUAACAGAUAUGGAAAAACAAGUCCUGUAUUGUAAAUUUGGUGUCCAAAGUAUAAUAUAAUUGCCCAAGAUAAUAUGAAUAUUCUUUACAUUUUCACAGACAGUAAAAAUUAAAACAAAGGCUGCAUGCUUGAAAUCAUUUAUGCAAUAAUAAUAAUAUAAACUCUAUCCUGGAUUUUUAUCAAAUAUUAAUAAAUAUGACACCAGGUUUAUAUCAAUAUACCAAUUUUCAAAAAAUUUUCCAUUUUCAUGAACAGAUGGAUGUGUAUGCAAACAUGUUAUACUCUUUGUGUGUGUGUGUGUGUGUGUGUGUGUGUGUGUGUGUGUGUGUGUAGCGCCACCAGUUCAGAAGUUCACAAAGCAGUACUCUACUUCUCUGUGUGUAAUGAUUAAUGACCAUCUACUCUGGUCUGACAGAGAAAAACACUACAUAUUACACCAAGACAUGACCCAGGGUGAGUGGUGCCUUACAUCAGUCGGCUGAAUAUGUGUUUAUUGCAUAUCAUAGAUGUGGGUACUCCCACACUUAUGGCCUGAAUGUACUGAGCAUGUAUCCUACAGCACAAAUAUUAUGACAAGAAGCACCACAAGUUGUAUGUACUGUAUCUAAUAGUUAUGAGUGCAAUGAUUACUAAAAGUUGUAUGAGGUCUCUGAUACUAGUUACUUUACUAGCAUGUCACUUGCAAGUCUCAUAUAUGUUAAGUUUAAUGCAUUAGAUCUGUGUAUGUGUAAGUUGUGAGUGUAGCAGUACACUGUAAUGAUGUGCAGGUCACAUCUCUAGGUUUAGCUAAAGAUCAAAACAGGAAAUGCUGCAUUAACUUGAUGGAAAAGUUUACAAAUCAUUGACUGGUAUUGGAAAGCAAUGUAGAAAAAUACAUUUUAUCAUUUAUAUAGUUAAUACAUACAGCAGUGCAUGAUGUGAGUGAAACUGUGUAAGGUUUGGAGGUGAACCAUGCAGGGUUUGUGUGUGAACCAUGCAAGGUUUGUGUGAGAACCAUGCAAGGUUUGUGUGAGAACCAUGCAAGAUUUGUGUGUGAACCAUGCAAGUUUUGUGUGUGAACCAUGCAAGGUUUGUGUGAACCAUACAUGGUUUGUGUGUGAACCAUGCAAGGUUUGUGUGAACCAUGCAUGGUUUGUGUGUGAACCAUGCAAGGUUUGUGUGUGAACCAUGCAAGGUUUGUGUGUGAACCAUGCAAGGUUCAUGUGAUGAGCAGCUGAUGGGCCAGCUGGUCAAAUCAGUAAGUGUAGCAAUAUGGAAGUGUUUAAUGGGAAAACCUUAUUCUAGUAAAGUGUGUUAAGACUAAA